ACACUGAAUAAUAAGUUAACCGUGGGCAAUACCAUGGUUUAAGAGUUGAAUGAACUUAACAACAUUUGGCGUCUUGAACACUCCCCAAACAGUGACAUAUUUCGAUUAAAAUCUGUCUUAGUGAUUCACGUGACAUUUCUAUUAAGGCUUGAAUGCUUAUUGGAAAUAUGUUGUUGCUGUCAGACUAGCGUGCUUUUAAAAAACACCUGUAACAGUACAUUGGGUAGGCAACGUUAGGGACGCUUGCACAAGCCCAUGGGAUCCAAUAUAAGAGCCAUGACAACAACAGUAUUAAUAUUCCACUUUUGGGUGUUAAUUUAACAAUGUUUAUAGUUUGCAGUGGCAACAUACUGAGAGUUUCUAAUAUCACGAUUCAGGAGAGGUAGCCAAAAUAUUAGAAUCACCUCCCGAUGCAACUCUACACCACCACUAUAGGUGUGUGACUGUGGAGAGAAUGAAUGGAUUCUCAGUGUAAAGCGCUUUGGGUGUCUAGAAAGACACUCUAUAAAUCGAAUCACUUAUUAUUAUUUUUAUUACCCCACCACAAAGAGUAUAAUAAAGCUAUCGGUAGCUGAAUACCUUUUUAACACUGUGAAUGCAAAUGCUGUAGUGGACAUCUCGUGUAUUGGACUGUGCAAAUGUACCUGAUGUUGUGGCCAAACAGUUGCACUAUAAGCUUUUUUUUCAUGGCUAAUUCAUCAUGUGCUUUCUGUCUUUGAGGGCCCACAGAUUCUUCAGACAUGUCCGUGAGGGAGUCCUUCAAUCCCGAAAGCUAUGAGCUGGACAAGAACUUCCGGCUCACGCGCUUUGCAGAGCUCAAGGGCACGGGAUGCAAGGUGCCCCAAGAGGUUUUACAGAAGCUUUUAGAGAACCUACAAGAGAACCACUAUCAAGAAGAUGAACAGUUCUUGGGAGCGGUCAUGCCUCGAUUAGGAAUCGGAAUGGACACCUGCGUCAUCCCCUUACGACAUGGAGGCCUUUCACUUGUCCAGACAACAGACUACAUCUACCCGAUAGUGGACGACCCCUACAUGAUGGGUCGCGUUGCAUGUGCAAACGUCCUCAGCGACUUGUAUGCCAUGGGGGUGACGGAAUGCGACAACAUGUUGAUGCUCCUGGGCGUGAGCAACAAGAUGUCUGAGAAGGAGAGAGACAAAGUCAUGCCGCUGAUCAUCCAGGGCUUCAAAGACGCAGCAGAAGAGGCGGGCACGUCUGUGACCGGAGGACAGACGGUGCUCAAUCCCUGGGUGGUGUUAGGGGGAGUGGCCACGACCGUGUGUCAGCCGAAUGAAUUUAUCAUGCCAGACAACGCAGUGCCAGGAGACGUCCUGGUGCUGACCAAGCCCUUAGGGACACAAGUGGCCGUCGCAGUGCACCAGUGGCUCGAUAUCCCUGAGAAGUGGAAUAAGAUCAAGUUAGUGGUCACGCAGGAAGACGUUGAGUUGGCAUACCACGAAGCAAUGAUGAACAUGGCACGGCUCAACAGGACAGCGGCCAGCCUCAUGCACACCUUCAACGCUCACGCCGCCACCGACAUCACAGGCUUCGGCAUCCUUGGCCACGCCCAGACGCUUGCGAGGCAACAGCGGAGCGAGGUGUCCUUUGUCAUCCACAACCUCCCCGUGCUCGCCAAGAUGGCCGCCGUGUCCAAAGCCUGCGGCAACAUGUUCGGUCUCAUGCACGGCACAUGCCCUGAAACAUCAGGCGGGCUGCUCAUCUGUCUCCCCCGUGAACAAGCUGCCCGCUUCUGCGCGGAGAUUAAAUCCCCCAAAUACGGCGAGGGCCACCAAGCGUGGAUCAUCGGCAUUGUGGAGAAAGGCAACCGUACGGCGCGCAUCAUCGACAAGCCGCGGAUCAUCGAGGUGGCGCCGCAAGCAGCCACCCAGAAUGUCAACCCCACACCCGGUGCAACUUCCUAAUCCUCCUGCAUCCUUCUAGAUUUCAUUUGUUAACACAAGCAACUACAGAACCAUGUUAGAGAGUCCAUGUGUGCUAUUUACAAAUAGUAAACACACAGGGUAGCACUGGGCUGGUGUGUCGGUGAGAAACAGCUCCACCUGGUGGCCUAGAACGGCAUCACCCAAUGGACUCCUGCUUACUGUCCUCAUGUAAUAUAUAAUAUUGGCAAAAAAAACCCACUCAAGUUUGUUUGCCUUUUUAUUCUGCCCAAUUUGCUUGAAAGGUGAGAGAGUGAUGACGACAGCCUGAUUCAUUUUGGAUCCCCAGAAAUUGUCCGUGGCAUCUUUGGCUCGUAAUAUUGCUCUCAUCAAGCAAGCAGGUUGUUUUGUUUUUUUUUGUCCACUUUGUACAGUUAUAAAGCCUAGUUUUAGUUCUUUGCUGUGUAACCAAUGCCUUGAAAGAACCUGAAGUGAUUUGUUUUUUAUUAUUCAUUUGACUUUUUGUAUUGAGCCCCACCAGAAUCAAUAAAUACUCAAAUAUAUGACUGAAAGUCUGCAUUUGU